AUGUCAAAUUCAACAGAGCAGUCAGUAAAGAAACCAGAAACGAACAAUCGAUUCGAGCGCUUUUAUUUGGGGCAAUAUCCUCGGCAUUCGAUAGGCCCUGUUUUUGUUACGCUGCUCGUGUUGGCCGUAGUAUUUAUACCCAUUGGUGUCGCUGUUAUUAAGGCAAGUGAUUCGGUAUUUGAGCUACGCAUCCGAUAUGACGAAACCAAUAAGUAUCAAUACCAAGUUGGCCCUGCUGAUCGGUAUCCGCACAAAUUUACGUUCAAUAAUUCCAACUUUUCUACGGGAGCCUAUGUUAAUAGAACUUUCUCUCUUUCGAAGAGUCUGGCUUCUCCUAUUUACCUGCAAUAUGAGCUUGUCGGAUUUUAUCAGAAUUAUCGGCGUUAUGCAUUUUCCCAAGAUCUGGCACAACGAGCAGGGGACACACAUUCUGUUUCCCAGGCAUGCAGGCCCUUUCGGCACCCUGGAGAGUAUCAGAAGCGGGAGGUUGUGGGCAUCUACUUUCCAUGUGGUGCAGUUGCUUGGAGUAUGUUUAAUGACUCACUAAACUUAUAUCAGUUACCCGAUGCAUCUAAAAGUAAUACUGCUUCUAAAGUUAUCGACGGAUCCAAACUGAUUUGUGCUGGAGGGGCAUUUGAUGCGAAGGGAAACAGUUUGAAUAAAAACAAUCUUUGCAUAAAAAAGGAAUUGCAUUACCUAGUGAUGUGCGGUUGUAUCACACCCCAAAGUUUAGUGAAGCCGAUGGCGCGGUUUGGAGGUUUGGUGGAGAUCCUACUGCACAUGAUCCAUACCAAAAAGAUGGAUAUUACUAUGAAGAACCCGGACAUCCGAUACCUUCAAUUGUUGAUGAGGAUUAUAUUGUGUGGUCCUCUUUAUCAUUUGUGGAGGAUUUCACCAAAAAAUACCGCAUUAUUACGACUGACUUAG